GAUUCUCGAUCAUUUCAUCCUGAAUCAUUCGCCCUUACCCGGCGAUUCUCGAUGUUUUUCUUAUUUAGCAUAUUUAUUUGAUUUUGCCUAGCUAUUUUGCACUCAUGGAAGGAAUUAAGGACACGAUAUUACUUUUCUGCAAUCUAAUUAACAAAAUGUACAGCGAACAGUUGCUUUCUAUUCAUUUCAGCCACGGUAAAUUCAACCGUACCUCGGAUCACACGGUUGUAGUGUUCUGGAGGAUUAUCCACAGAAUUGUCUGCGACCAAAGAAAUUGUUCAGAUAUUGUUUAUUGUGUGAAAAAAUUGAUGCUCACCAAAUUCGGCUACAGAAUGGCGAGUUUUUACGCCCUGCCGGACAACAGCACUUAUGGGAGCAGGGAACUUCUCCUCGCCUUGGGGAAGCUGGUCGUUGACAAUAAACUAGAAGAAGCUUUUGACAAGAUUAUAUCUAAAAGUGUGCUUAUUUCUGAAUUUGGACAAGAACCAGACAGAAAGAAAUGCAAUAUAAAUGAGUGCAAAAAAGUCGAGCUAGACAACUCUGAAGAUUUCCUGAAAAUGUUGAUGUUUAAAGCUGGAAAGAUUAAAAAUAAUUUGCGAGCGAUCGAUAGAUUAAAUGAAAUAAGGCAGAAAGAAACAGCUAAGAUUCACGAGGAAACUAGCUCUAUACCAUGCAUAUCCCAUUUGUCAGUUUGGGAACUUCUAGUUUUAAGUAACAAAAAGGUUUAUUAUGCUGGGUAUCAGAAACAUCUUCAGGCUGCAGUUGAAAUCCUAGAUGCUUACUUUUUGUGGCUGAAAAGGAAGAAGGAAUUCAUUAAGUGGAUUGAUACAGUGCUUGAUUUGAAAAGAAACGAGUGCUCAAGUAGUGAUAAAACGGAUAUGAAUGCAGAUAGAGAAAACAUGGCCAACUUUUUCAAUCAACUGGAAAACGAAAGGAGAACGUGUACUGUAACAGAAAGUUCAGAUAUUUCAAAUUAUGGGUUGAUGCCUGUUUACGAUUCGGAAAUAACGGAGGCUGCGCUUCAAACUAUUGUCGAGUCGAUGGCAGCACCAUUGUUAAACAAUAGUUUUAAAAUCCUGCAGAAAAAUUAAUCAAUAAUAUUUUGUCGGAGAAAUUGUUGUUUAUUUUUAUUUUUUAUUUUUUUUCCAGCAUACACUGCCUUGUAUUUGACUGAUUUAUUGUGAUUUUAUUAAUUUCAAUCUCAUUUGCCAAAUCGAUUUAAGUUUUUUAAUAUAGGUUUUGUUUGGCAUCCGGUGGUUCAAUAAAUGGUUGAAGUAGUGAGGAGCGGUCUGGGUUUGAGUGCCAGGAAGAAAAAGAAACAGUGGAAUAUAUCCUGUGUUGGUACUAAGGUGCUUGAAGCUCUUAAGCUUAAAGAAACCAAUAUUGGUCACAGUGCCCAAAGUUGUAAAGGGCCCAGCUCCUUUUAACCUCAAUCUUAACUUUAGUAUUAAUAGAAUUGUUGUAAAUCUACUGUUUCUCACUACUUAAACCAUUUAUUUUUUAAUAUAAACGAAUCAUCAAGGCUCUGCGAUUCAAAUAUACUCGUCCAUGGUUGCAGUAAUAAAUAAACCAUCAAAUUUUAAAAUAUCACAAAAUAAAAGUAUACACCUAUUUAAUAUUUUGCAUUGAAUGGUUCUUAUUGUAUCGACUGAUCUAAUUUAAUUUUAUAAUUUAACCUUCACUUGUCGUUACUACCUGCAGUAUAAUUGGUACAAAUUGAUUGUUGUUAAAAAAAAAUUGUUUCCUUUUGUAACUAGAAAUUAUUGUGCCUGGAAGGAUUUUUAAUUAUGGCAUUUUGCCAUUUCUUCUUGUCUGUCUUUACGUAUUUAUAAGAUCUAUUACACACAAAUUGUAAGAGGUUCAUUGGAGAAAUCUUCACUCAAAUACCUGGUCAUUAUUGUCUCCGAACAUGUUUGCUGUAUUGCAAACAAAAAUUAAUCGAACCCUCUUUGAGAUUGGAGCUUAUAUAUUAUGUAUUUUGAAACGAAUAAAUUCAUGCUGGGAAAUGGCUCGCUAUCGAAAUGUAAAAAUUUUACACAGCUUAUAAGACUGAAAAACUGCGACACCUGAGUCACAGUAUCAAUUCGCAUGUACAAAGUAAAAAUCGGCCUCAUUCAACCAAUCAAAUCAUUUUUCUAGCGCUUUUUAAACUGUGAUAACGAUUAAAAAAAAUCAAACGUCCUAUUUUAAAGUAUUCAAAUUAAAACUUCGACAGUUUUACUAUUAUAUUGAUGUUAUGUAUUUAAGACCAAAGUGAAUGAAAGAAAAUAAACUGUAACAACAAUAAUUGGCUCAAUAAACUAUUUAAAAAAUCCCAAUAGAAUUUGUU